UAACGCAACAUCGCCGGAGGCGUGAAAAGCUUGGCAGUUCUCGGCUGCCAGCGAAACUGAUGAUGGCUACAGCCACAGCGCGGCGUGCACCUAGGGUUGCAGUGACAUCACUGCUAUUCCUACAGCUGCUGCUGCUGAGGUCGUGUACCGGCGGCGGAGCGCCGGUGGUGCGGACACGUCAGGGUGCUGUCAGGGGGACCGCCAAGGUGUCGAGCAGCGGCCGCCACUUGCUGGCCUUCUACAACAUUCCAUUCGCCAAGCCGCCUGUGGGACCGUUGCGAUUUAAGAGUCCUCAACCUCCAGAUGGAUGGGAGCACAUCCGCGAUGCAACAGCUCCUGGGGCUUGGUGUCCGCAGGUGUCCGUGUUGUCCCCAUUAGAGCCUCCAACAGGGACCGAGGACUGUCUGUAUCUCAACGUGUUCACGCCACAGAUAAGACCUAGUGAACUGUUUCCUGUCAUGGUCUGGAUUCAUGGCGGCGGUUUCGUGGGAGGUGCAGCCACAUUUUACGAAUACGGAUAUCUCUUGGACCACGACAUUGUUCUUGUUGCUCUCAACUAUCGGAUUGGCUCUCUUGGUUUCUUAAGUACAGGAGAUGAGAUUUCUCCUGGGAAUUAUGGCCUUAAGGACCAGGUGUUGGCUCUGAGAUGGGUUCAGGAGAAUAUUGAGGCGUUUGGCGGGGACCCUGGCAGCGUCACGAUCUUUGGGGAGAGCGCCGGGGGUGCCAGCACCCACUACCUCAUGCUGUCUCCUCUAGCCAGAGGUCUCUUCCACCGAGCGAUAUCGCAGAGCGGUGUAGCGUGGAUGCCUUGGGCUGCGCCACAAAGUGGGGCUGGGGCAGUGCGAAAUGCGCGCAAGUUGGCGACACUGGUCGGAUGCCCAACAGAGCCCAGCGCCGCUCUCGUCGACUGUCUAACGGGCGUCGACGACCACAAGCUCAUUGCGGCACAACAAAAGUUCGAGGCGUCGUUCUUGACUCCUGUUAUACCAUUCCGGCCAACAGUCGAGGCUGAGCGGAAAGGCGCGUUUCUACCCAGACAUCCACUGAACUUGGAACCCCACACAGCUCUACCGUGGUUGGUAGGGGUCACUAAAGAUGAAGGAUGCUUGUUCACAGCAGCUCUAGCCUUAAAUAGCACACUAUUGCAAGAAUUUCAGCACGACGGCAAGAAAAUCCUUCCCAUGUCUUUAUCUUACGAUGUGUCGCCGCAAGUCGAAUUCAUUACAGAGAAGAUUUACAAUUUCUACUUCCCGUCUGGGGAACUUACUUACAGCAAAAUCACUGAGCUGUAUUCUGAUGCAUUAUUUAAUUGGAACACGGAUGAAGCUGUCAGGAGGUAUAAAGACGUGGCUCCAGUGUAUUACUACAUGUUUUCAUACCAGGGGGAGCUCGGGGCGGAAGCUUUGCUUGGAGUACAGGAAGAUUUAGGUAUUUCUCAUGGCGACGAUUUACUUUACUUAUUCUCAAAUACAAGCAUCUUGCCAAUACCUGCUGAGAGGCCAAAAGAGGAUAACGAAAUGGCAAAAAUCAUGACUAAACUGUGGACGGACUUCGUGAAACGUGGGAAUCCAACGCCAACUGACGAAUUGGUGCACUGGCCGAGAGUUACUUCAGAUAGCGACCUAGAAUAUUUGGACAUAGGCCAGACGUUGCAGGUUAAAAAAGGACUAUUCCAAGAGCGAAUAGACUUCUGGAGAUCGCUGCCUGUCAGAGACACACAGCAACAAAGCAACGUCAGAGAUGAGUUGUGACGUUAGUAAUAACGGAUGGACGACAAUGAUUGAAUUUUCUUUGAAAUAUCCUUGCAAAUUAAAAACGCCCGAGAAGACUUUGUUA